UUAUAUCGGGCCUUUUGUGAGACUGUGGCCUAACCAUCAAACAAGCAGCCGUCGAAAAAGUGUCAUCCGAAAUUAUAAUAUGACAAAUGUUCCAACUCAAAAUGUGCAGGGUCUAGAACAGCAAUUUGCUGGGAUAGACAUCAACGCAAGUCGCCCCUACAGUGCUAACAGGGGAGACAACUUCAGUCAUGGUGGACCAAAAUAUCGACCUAACAACGUAAACCCCAGAUUUCAGGAGCAAACAUUUUACCAUCAAGGACCACCUCCUAAUGUGCCACCACCAACUGGUAGUCGUUAUGUACCCCCUCACCAGCGAGACGGUGCUCCUGCUCCGGUACCCCCACCAGGCAACUUCCCACCUGGAACUGACAGUGGUGGUCGAGGUGGCUAUGGAGGCUACAAUAAUCAGGGACGCGGUGGAUACAACAUGAAUGGAAUGCCUCCCCAGACCUUCAACCAGCCCAACAUGAGUGAUGGUCGUGGUGGCUACAACAACUACAGCCGCGGAGGUUACCAAGGCAACUAUGGUAACCAAGGUGGCCAAGCUGGCAACUUCAACAGCUUUAACCGUCGUGGAGGAGGCCAAGGAGGAUACCAGGCCAACGGCGGCGGGCGGUACAAUAGAGGAGGAGGAAGCAGUGACCGCGGCAUGAGACAGGGAAGCAUGCCCCCACAUGCAAACCAACCCCCACCCGGCAACUCCCGCUGGGACAAUCUGGAUGAUGACCGUGGUGUUCGGGAACAGAGGGCCGGCAGUGCCCCCUCCCAGAACUGGAAUAACCAGGGCAACCGCUGGGACAACAGGACAGAGUGUAGCGUAGUAACAAACAGUCGCUGGGCCCCAGAACCCACUAAGGAGAACUGGAAUGUGGCUCUGCAGAGAAAUGACCGUCUGGAAUUAGAGCUUUUUGGCAUUGGUAACACUGGAAUCAACUUUGACAAGUAUGAGGAUAUCCCAGUAGAAGCUACCGGAGAUAGCUGCCCCAAGCAUAUUGAAUCUUUUGAGGAAACAGAUCUUGGUGAGAUUAUCAGGAACAACAUCGUCCUGAGCAAGUACACAAAACCUACCCCAGUACAGAAGUACUCCAUCCCAAUUGUCCUGAACAAGCGUGACUUGAUGGCUUGUGCCCAGACAGGAUCGGGGAAAACUGCCGCCUUUCUGGUGCCAGUGUUGAACCGUGUGUAUGACAAUGGACCAUGCGACACCCCUACAGCCAACAAUCAGCAGGGACGUAGCUACUCCCGCAGGAAACAGUAUCCCCUUGCUUUGAUCUUGGCCCCUACCCGUGAGUUGGCCUCCCAGAUCUAUGACGAAGCUCGCAAGUUUGCAUACAGGUCCCGUGUGCGUCCCUGCGUGGUGUAUGGAGGAGCCGACAUUGGGGCCCAGAUCCGUGACCUUGACCGCGGCUGUCACCUGUUAGUGGCCACACCUGGACGUCUUGUUGACAUGAUUGAACGAGGAAAGAUAGGUCUUGACCAUUGCAAGUUCUUGGUUUUGGACGAGGCUGACAGGAUGUUGGACAUGGGUUUCGAGCCCCAGAUCCGUAGGAUUGUUGAGAAAGACACUAUGCCUCCUUCUGGCACCAGACAAACUCUUAUGUUCAGCGCCACCUUUCCAAAGGAAAUCCAGAUUCUGGCCCGCGACUUCUUGGACAACUACAUUUUCUUGGCGGUGGGCCGAGUUGGUAGUACUAGUGAGAACAUCACACAGAAGGUGGUCUGGGUUGAGGAAGGUGACAAACGUUCCUUCCUGCUCGAUCUCCUCAAUGCUGCAGCUGGUCCAGACGCCUUGACCCUAACAUUCGUGGAGACCAAGAAAGGUGCCGAUGCCCUCGAGGACUUCCUCAUCAACGAAGGGUACCCUGCCACAAGUAUCCAUGGUGAUCGUUCACAGAAGGAGAGAGAAGAGGCUCUGCGAUCGUUCAGAAACGGUGACAGGCCCAUACUUGUCGCAACUGCUGUAGCUGCUCGAGGAUUGGAUAUCCCUAAUGUCCGUCAUGUUGUCAACUUUGACCUUCCAAGUGAUAUUGAGGAAUACGUCCACAGGAUUGGUAGAACUGGACGUGUCGGAAACUUGGGACUGGCCACAUCCUUCUUCAAUGAGAAGAACAAGAACAUCAUCCGUGACCUGAUGGAUUUACUUGUGGAGGCUCACCAGGAAGUCCCAUCAUGGCUCGAAUCAAUGGCGUAUGAUGCUCGCCCCUCUGGACCCGCUGGUCGUCGUGGAGGGCGCAGGUUUGGUGGGACUGGCUUCGGAGCCCGUGAUUACCGUCAGCAGAACAAAACUGGCAAGCCAUCUAGCCCAGGCUACGGAAACUUUGCUGGCGGCUCCGCUCCAACCACAGGGUACAAUCAGUUCAACACUAACUACGGUAACUACGGUGGAUCUUACGGAGGCUCCUAUGGUGGGGCCCCAGCAGGGAGCAGCGGACCAGACUGGUGGGGAAACUAAGGGGGCACUAUGGAACACUUUGAAAGACAACCACAUUUUGUUUGUAACAUGUACUUACUCUUUAUUUACACAAUUGGUAACAGGCGGCUAGAACCAGUGCUUGCUUAUAUCGGAGAAUAUUUGAACAAAAAGGAACAACUGAAAACGAAAAAAUCCUUUCAUAGUAACAACAAGUGCUUUUGCCCUCCCACGUUAUUAUGAACCUGUCCAUGUGGGACGUCCACCUCAAUAAACACUGCACAAAACAUCUAGAAGUCAGUGUCCGCAACAAAACCCUUUGUUAGAGGAACUUAAUAUAAGAUUAUCGGCCACAUGUCAAAGGGAGGCUUUAGAUGACUUUAAGAGAAGGUGGUUUACAAGUAUUAUUGUGAAGACUUGUUCGCUUGUAAAACAAGGUCAGAUUUUUAGAAUUGCAGCUGUUUUAAGUACUUUUUUCAAUUUUUGAUUACAAAACUAACAACAUGGUUGUUAUUUGGAAGUAUUUAUUUUUAUUCUUAAUUCAAGAAAAUGUUGUAAUGAUUACCAAAUUACCAUAUACCAGUACAAACGAUGCUUGCCAGUUUACGGUAAUCAUUGAAGGAUCUUGUCUGCCAAAUGGCGGAGAAUGUUUUCCAUAGAAACUAGAUACAUAUAUGUACUUAUAUCGUGUUUCUAUAAUCUGGAAAAAAUGUGAACCAUCCUCGGGGAGUCCUUGGUAGAGAAAUAUUGAGCAGGUCGGCUGCUUCACUUGACCAUGUUUUGCCUAAAAGGCAUUUUUAGUUUGUUAGUUGGAUGUUCACCUAUGAAUAGAAUCUAUUUGUGGAUGCACAAAGAUUGUUUGAAUGGUCUGUAGUUGUUAGCUGUUGCCUGCCAAGCAUGCACUUCUACCAUGAUUUCUCAAAAGAUAUUGCAGCAGGUGAGGUAAUGUCUUGCCUGCAUAAGCUUGGAUAAGAAUGACAUUGUUCAAGGCCACUUUCGUUGAUCACGAUCCAAAUGUUUGGACCAGAGUUGUUCGUUUAUGAAAUAAGGUCGUACCUAGUAAUCUGAUGCGUUUUUUAGAUGAGCCUUGCAAGGCCUGCAUAAACUUUUGCAGGUCAGCCAAGAUUUAUGCUCGAAAUUGUUACAUUUAAAGACGGACAAACCGGUCGUUCUGCAUACUAGGCAACAAUAAGUUCACUGCUUAGAGUAUCAAUUCACGGACGAGUGACAAUGUGGAAAUGUAGUUGUUUAAGAAAAACAAAUAUAUCUAAAUAUAUUCCCAGUUUAUUUUUGUACCUUCUCGCGUAACUUUACAAUAAAAUGGCAUUGUUCACAUCUUGGUUUAUACAAUGUGGUUCUGUGUGUGAACGGGUACAGCACAAAGAUUACAUGGUACUAUUCUGUUAAUAAGUGUGCAUCACAGACUAGUAGACAAAACAAUUCCAAGGACAUUUAUUGCCCACCAUGAGAACAAUUGUCCUUUGUAAAUAGUCAGACCGAGUGGUUUGUCGCCGUGAUAUAUGGAUUAGAAAACUGGUUCUAGUGCUGUUGCCGCUCUGUAGAGCCAGGUAUUUGUUUUACUUUUUCCUUGUACUUUUUUCUUUAUUAUUGUGUAGUAUAAAUAUAGUAUUAUUGCAAAACAACUUUAAUAUAAAUGCCGUCCUGUUUCAACUUGAAGUAUAUUGUUCAAUACAAAACAUGACUCGGUUUUGACAAUUGAUGGAAAGAGAUUCAUUUUGUCAGAAACUGAAUUUGUGUCUUUUGAUACAUGUCUGUCCAAUGAUAUAGAAAUGUCAGUAAAUUGGAUUAUAAAGCUUUCUUAUUAAAUGAAAAUAGUUGCAAACGAGAGCAUUAUUUUCCUCAUCUUGUGGAAACUUCUUUGGAAAGUUUGAACAGGACAAAAGAGGCUGUGAGUUUGAACUGUUUUCCAAGCAGUUCAGAAAUGGCAAGUUUUCACUUGUGAGCGAUGUUGACAUUUUUUAUGAUCUCCAAGAGACGAUGUGCAUGCAUGUAUCUGACAUAUUUUCAGUGUCAAGAACAUAUUUUUGACAAUUUGUAGAACUUUUUAUUUUUAAAUAUAUAAUUUUACUCUCACAUGUGCGUACUUGCGUGCACUGGAAAAGUGUUACACGGAUAGUAAUUAUACACUGGACAUGCGUGUAACAAGUAUAUUGAUCAACAAUUUGUUGGUUUUAGGCAAUCAGGGUUUACGUCGAUGUAUAUCAAGAAUCUGUCUAUGUACACUUAAUGUUUCAAUCCUGAGAUGUCUUGACUGACAAUCUCGCUUAUUUUUCCAUAAUAAUUCAAAACGUACAUCAUUCAGAACAAUAUCAUGUCUCAAUGGUUUACACAUUAAGAGCAUGCCAAUUUGUUUUGCUAGUGUUUUCUCAAGUAUGCCUUUUUACAGACAUGGGAAUAGAAUGACUGUAUAUUCAAAAGUCAUUUCUAGGUAUAUUUAUUGCACAAAGAGCAUAGCGAGAUGAAUCUGUAUAAUAUUUAUCAUUAUGCAAGUGAAACAAUACAAUUGAAUAAUGUACUUACAUGUUCACGACUUUGAAAAUAUUCAAAGAACUCUUUCCGAGACGAGAUGUAAGAGAGACAGCCUUGUAUGGGACUGAUGUGUUGGUAUGGGUUUCCCAACUUAUUUUUUUCUUCAUAUGGACUUUAUUUUGUGAGAAGUGUAGAAGUUGCAUUCUACUUUAUAUUGAGGAAAUUGCCUGUUCACUAAAAUGCAUAUUUUCUGUCAAAAGAAAAUAGCCUUAUCUAUAAUUUAUCAUGUGGAAAAUAUUACAACAAAUGUAGAGAUUAUUGUAAACGAUUCCUAUAAUAUUUCUAAACUAGUAAGUAUUGUGAGACAUUCUAGAAGUUAACCUUCCUGGUGUGUUUAAUUGAUAAAUCUGCUGAAACAAGUUUUAUAAGGCUAAUUUCUAAAUGAAUAUUGAUGCAGUGUCUCAAUGGUUUGUGUUUGAGCAUUUUAUGAUUUAAUACCGUGAUCUGUUUUUUACUACAAAGACAAUGUUUGAGAAAAAAAUGCAUCAUGUUUCAAUCUUUCUGAUGGACAUUAUAUUGUAUAUCCUGUACAGGAUUUGAGAAAAGUACACUUUAUCGUAAGCAUAUCUGUGAUUUGUCCAUAUGACAAAACAUGGAUGGAACAAAUCCAGGCAGUGUUGACAGCUGUUUGAUACUUCUAAAAAACUUAUUAUUUGCUUCAUCAAACAAAAUAUGCCCUACUUGUCCUUUUGUGAAUCGUCACUUACCAUAAUGUAAUUCCAGACCUAUUGGAUGAGCAUGUAUGUUGGCCAAUCAGUCUUUCAUUCGGUUCAUGUUUUUAAAUGCAUUUAUUCUUGUAUUUUUUACAAUGACCGAGAGUAUACAGGAAAAAAUGCACCAAUAAUGUCAGAAAUGUCAAGAUCUGAUGUCUACUUAGACAUGACCCUUCUGGGAUUCUCUGGAUUGGAGAAUUUGUUGCAUUACAUUUGAUCGGAGCAUGUCUAUGUAUGCAUGUUUACAUAUGUAUAUAUAUAUAUAUAUGAUAUUCAAAUGCAGCAAUUUUGUUGACUUUUUUUCCGACAUCCAAUUUGUUGUCAGAAAUUUCCUGAAAAUGUGAAAUUUCUGAUUUUAUUUGAAACACAAGUUCGUGAAAUAGGAGGAAUAUCAUUAUUACUGAGUUUAUAACGUCUCCCUGCCUCUUGUUGAACUUUCUGAUGGGUCGAAAUAUUUUUUUGAAGAUCAAUUUCUGAAUCUCAAACCUUUGAGGAUGGUUAAACAACCUUUUUUACAGAGAUUGCAAUGACAGUUGUCAUUUUACAGUUCAAAUUAUUUCCACGAAAUUACCAAAAAUAUCAGAAAUUGUAUAUGCAUAUUCAAUGCAUGUACAAUUGAGUAUUAAUAUACAUGCAGUGUUGAAAUGGAGGAGUUUUAAUUCUCUUGGCACUGUAUGGACGGUUGAUGUCUCGGAGAAUAUUUGCCAAAAUUCCUUUAAAAGGUGGCGAUAGCUUCAAUCAAAAUUUUAUCAAGUUCUCGAAGAGUGAAUCAUGGUUGGUUCCCACUAUUUUUGAAGUUAGAUUUGUUUGUUUUAUAAGGUGAAGCUUUCACCAGUAUUGUGACGCCACACUGGAUUGACAUUGCAAUACUGUUAUUUUGUAUUUAUACAUUUUUGUAUUUUUAAUUGUUGGAGAGACAAUGUAACAUUCCAGAUGUGUUCAAUGACAAGGUUGGUUGGUUUUGUACUGUUUUAAUCAUCCAAUGCAUUUUUCAUCUCGCGUGUACAACUCUAUAGAGGCAGGUGAGCGGGCUAGGUAGCAGAGAUAUCUCGGGUGUUGAGCAGUAGUCAUGGACCUCUUAUUUCUUCUCAAGCAUUAGUCCCAAUCAAUGUUAAAGUAUUUGGUAACCUUUGGUGAAAAUUGCUAAUGGAGAAAUCUCAUUAACAAUUCUUUUCUCUAAAUGUCUAGAAAGAUGAAAAUUGAUAUUAACUCUUUCACCCCUGAAGUUACAUAAUGAACUAUUCCAACCUUUAAAUUGGAAGGGUUCAAAUGUAUCCUCAGGGGUGAGUGAGUUGAGAAAUAUUUCUCAAAACAUUGUUUUCACUCUGUGUCAUAUUUUUGCCAGGUGUUUUGCUGUCAUUGUUAAAGAAGUAAGUAAGACAAUAAUCUUGUACAAACUUUAAGGAUUUUGUUUUUGGGUACUUAUUGAUUAAACCACUAAUUAUUAAGUAAUUGAACAUUUGAAAAUGUUAGAGAUUUACAACUGUUCAAUCCAAUUAUUUGGACAAAGGAUCUGUCGAGCACACUUUAUGUUGUAACUUGUACAAUUCCAUAAGGGUAUGAAAAUACCUUUGUGCCAGACUCGACAACAACUGUUGCGUUCCAUAUCCCAACAAAUCAUUAUCAGAUGAUCAGUAUAUAACCUUGAGAAUUUUUUUGGACAAGACCUAGUCUCAUUUUAAAUAUUACUAAAACUGUCUCAUUGAGGACAGGUAUUAUGUUGAGUCUUGCACAAAGGACAUUGAGUUGAUAGCCAUUGGCAGAUAGCACAGUGUACAGUGGAUCCUCGCCGACUCCGACUUGUGACCUCGCUUUCGAGGGUGCUCAGUAACCUUAUAUGUAUACAGUCCUCCUUGUUAAUCCAGCCACCACUGUCCAGCUAUGUUUGGGACAGUAUACUGUGUACAGUUGUCCCAACAAUGCAGCCACUUUUGCUGGAAAGGUUGCUGGAGAGUCGAGAAUCUACUGUAGUACCUAGAGCUGGAGAGUCAAGACACUACUGUAGUACAUAUUUUAUUCCAAUUUAUUGUUCUGCUAUGUAUUUUUUCUCCGGAAAACCUAAGUGUCGGGUCACAUAUUCCACUGCACCAUGUGUGGCCAGCUUGACCUCCCCCUUUGUAGUUGUAUACUCCUACACCGUUCAUAAUAAAUCACCUUCAUCCUCUGCCUAGCAGUCUCCUCAUCAACCAGUCGCUCAACAUAUUCACGAGACAGACAUUUUUAACGAUCUGGAUAUAUAUACCUUCGUUUUAUUGUAUUAUUUCUUCUCUCCGUGACAAAUAAAAACCAGUUGGUGCUUUGUUGAAUUUGUAUGCAACGACAGGUGAUUCUCAUUACACCGUGUAACCGCUCUUCCAUGAUUCUCCUAUCUAAGAAGUGAUAUUUAUUCUUACAUUGUUACCGUCAUGUAUAGCUCCAUGUCAAUCAUAUCCCCAAGAUAACUUAAUAAUGCAUUUCUGUGAUCGAUCAUUUUAAAUUGCACAUAGUAUGUGUGCAAUAUUACAGAUUUGAAUAUUUACAGCAUAAUCUUGAAAUGUCUCAGUGUUAAUGUUUGAUAUGGAUAUGCUGCCUUCUUUUGUAUUUUUGUUCAGUUUUUUAUUUGAUUUUUUUUUUUCAAGGUUCUUUUUAUAUAUUUUUUCAGUUCCUGACUUAGGCAAAAUAUCAAAAGUUUCUAUACUUGUGAAAUAAUUGACAAUGGUGCUGUUGUUUUGGUUCUUAUUAUUUUUGUUGUUGUUUUUUCUUGAUAAAUCUUUUUAAAAGUUUUAUAUCAUGAUCAACAGCUAAUUUUGUUCAUAAAAAAUUGUAGAGGUAGGUAUUUUAAAUAGUAGAAACGUAACAAUUGUUAGAAUACUCGUAGCUAGGGACCACCUUGACAUGAUUGAAGGUAGCACAUGAUCAAAAAGUGGCCUAAAUUUUGGACAAGAAUUUGUACCUGGUAAUAGUUGUAUGGCAACCCUCCCCGAUAGUAGACAGUUACAUUUAUUAGUGAGUUACCUCCCCUAAUACAGAAGGUUACAUGGCGAUGAGUUAUCUCCCCUUAUAUAGGUGGUUACAUGGUAGUGAGGUAUAUUGAGGAGAACCAUGGUGAGCAGAGGAAGAGUGCCUUAUGGCAGAGGAUGAACAAAUACCAUUGGGGGGCUAUGCUGUGUUGAUAUUACCUAUGUUUGAAUUGUAUAUUUACCAUUUAUUCGACUAGUAAAUGUGUCAUACCUUCCUUUAAUAGACAAUCUUUUGGAGUUUGUUGAAAAAUAAUUUAUUGGUGAGGGAAAACAGAAGAUAUUUCCCUCCACUAAAAUGAUUUUACUUAAAUAGAUCACAAUUUCAAAAACUCUUGAGCCACUUGCAACUGCAGAAUUUCAUAUUAUGCAGGUGUUCCGUAACCUAGUAAAAAUGAGUAUAAAAAUAUAAACUCAGUAUUAAUUAGUACAGAAAUAAUUGCCUUGCCAAUUUUUGUUUUAAAAGAUUUUUAACCAUUUCAAUACUUUAUGUGUAUUUAUCAAGCAUUUCGAGAACUUGACAUGACGUUAUGGUUUUAAAGAUGAAUUCUAGUCAGUGGUAGGUUUAUGUGAAGAGCCUUACUUAUCUGAGACCAAACCGAUGUUUGAAAGGGGCUUCACAUUGUGUAAUCCUUUAAACUUCCACUGCUAGGCAUGUGCUAAGGAUGGUAAAAUGAUAAAAAUUACCUAGUCAGGCUAAAAAGCAGUUUCUUGUGAAAGGCUUUAGAAGUGGUGCAGUCGUUGUUAUAAUCUAAGGAUGGUUAUAUAGUGUGUGGUAUAUAAGAUAAGAUCAUGCUGUUGUUCAUGUAUGUGCUAAGUUGCAACAGCCAACUUCGUAUUUUCAGUAACAAUUUUUUCCAGUAUGAGAACAAUUUCCUCUGAUUAUUAUUCAAGCCGUUUUUCACAGAAAAUUAAUGCACAUACUGGGUAUAUAAUUUGUUCAAAGAUGUAAAAUUCUAUAGAUUGAGAAAGAACAUUUGGUGAAUUUCAUAUGAUAAUUGUACCCUAUCUGAAUAAGAAAAAAAGCUUGUACCCUAUAUGAAUAAGAAAAAAAGCUUGUACCCUAUAUGAAUAAGAAAAAAAGCUAAUGGAAAACAAAAGGCACUGUAUAACAUUCAUUAUUGUAUAUUUUCAUAUCUUAAUUCAGUCUAGUCUGUUAACUUCGAACAAAUGUUUGUUAACUUCUGUGUUUUAAUGAAGGAGCUUGUUUGCUGUUAUGACUGAUUAUUAUAUAUUGAUUUAUAUAAAACCAACUUGUUCCUAAAAUUAUUUACAUACACAGAUAAAAUCUCAUAUCAGUUCAGUUUUAAAGGUUAAUGACUGGAAAAUAUUUUUGCUUUUUUUUUAUUUUGGUUUUUUUUUCAUUUUAUUGACCUUUUCAAGUAAUAACUUAGGGAGUGUUAUCUGAAGUAUGCAAAAAAAAGUGUUUUUCAUAGAAACAUGUAAUGGCAUUGAAAAAACACUGAUUUGUUCAAAGCUAGUGAGUCCUGCAUGGGUCACAGAUGUGAUACCAGUUUUAACCUAAUCCUUUCAGCACUGUAGACCAUAAUGGACUCCUCCAGAUCAAUGCAUGGCAGAGUCUAUUAAAGUUACAUAGGGUGGAAAGGACUAAACAAGUGAAGCAGAAAUUCUGAUUGGAGCACAGUUGAAGCUGCUGUUGAACAUUUCAGUGUUUUGAAGGGCCGUGAUGUAUCUAGGAACCACAUAUUUGUACAACUGUGAACCAAUUCUUCUAACAUUCAUUUUCAUGAUACACAUGUUACUUUUGUAGAGCUCUUGAAUCAGUUCUGUCAGGUGUUGACUUGUAAUAUGAUGGAAGUCUGCAGAAUAUGAAAAAAAUCUUGAAAAUAUUUCUUUCCUGGUUUUUCAACAUUUUAUUAGCUAGACAUUUUAUUAGCUAGUGGUGAAAAGAUCAGGGUAUUUGGGCACAUUCAUGAAGAUGGAUGUCAUUAGAAAUAAGACUGAGGAACAGUUUUGGAGAAAUGAAAGCAUGUUUAUUUAGUAAAACCCAGUGAGCGAAUCAAAGUGUUGGGAGAGAGAGAGUAGUGAACUUUAAUGGGGCGGCAUUGAUGUGUUUUUUUUUAAAUUGAUAGUUUGGAUGUCUGGCUUAUGUACUGGUAUAGCAUGCCACGGCAGUAACACGUUAUGGCGUGCUAGCACCAGUGCAGAUAAAAUAUGGAAUAAAAUGUAUCAAAAAGUAAAUUUGAAAUGUGGUUGUUCAAUUCUGAAUAAAAGACAUGUCAGUUUAA